AUGAUAACAAUGAUAAAAUUUGUUUCUUAUUUAUUUCUAGAUAAACUAUUUUCUGUUUCACUUCUCAAUUUUUUUUCACCGUUUAAAUCAUCAUCAAUGGCCGUACGAAGGCUACAACAAGAUUUUCGACACUUACUAAACAAUAAAGUUGAAGGUAUCGAUGCUAGUCCAUCAUCAGACAAUUUUUUUGUAUGGAAUGCUAUUAUUUGUGGACCUGAACAAAGUAUCUAUGAAUCUGGUGCAUUUCAACUUCAAUUCAUUUUUCCAGAUGAUUAUCCACUUCGACCACCACAAGUUCGUUUCAUAACAAAAGUUUUUCAUCCAAAUGUUUGGUGGGAAGACGGACUUAUUUGUGUUGAUAUAUUAAAAGAUGGUUGGACACCAUCUUAUGAUGUUUUGUCUAUACUUCAUUCAAUUCGUUUACUUCUUAGUGAUCCAAAUCCACUUAGUCCGGCCAAUUUAGAAGCUGCAUUACUUUAUCGAGAUUGUCGAACUGAAUUCAAUCGACGUGUGUUACAAAUGAUUCAAGAUUCACUCGAUACAGAUGAUGAAGAUGAAAAUGAUGAUGACGAUGACGAUGAUGAUGAUAACAGUGAUGAGGAUGAUAAUGGCAAUGAUAAUGAUAAUGAGGAUACUCCUCAAAUUGAAGAUGGUGAUACACUUCGUCAAAAAACGACAAUUCUACGUCACAGUAUUACUGAAUGA